AGAGAGAGGUUGGUACUGAAUUCCAAAAACUUUGUCGCAAUUGGUUUGUUUCUAAGUUUCAACGCACGUUGAUACGGCCACUUUCUGUACCACAGAGAAAAUAGAAAAAGGAAACCGAAUCUCACACAGCAAUUGCAAUUCCAAAUCCAAUUCCAAUUCCAAUUCCAAUUCCUUUGGAUCUCGAUCUCGAAUAUGAGCACUGGGGAACUCCUCAACAUCGAACCUCUCGAACUCAAGUUCCCCUUUGAGCUGAAGAAGCAGAUCUCGUGUUCUCUUCAAUUGUCUAAUAAGACCGAUAGCUAUGUAGCUUUCAAGGUGAAAACGACAAAUCCCAAGAAGUACUGUGUUCGUCCGAACACUGGAAUUGUCUUGCCGCGAUCUACAUGUGAUGUUAUGGUUACCAUGCAAGCACAAAAAGAAGCUCCAUCUGAUAUGCAAUGCAAGGAUAAGUUUCUGCUUCAGAGUGUAAAAACUCCUGAUGGUGCCAGUCCAAAGGAUAUCACUGCAGAAAUGUUCAACAAGGAGGCAGGGCAUGUGGUUGAGGAAUUCAAAUUGAGAGUAGUGUAUGUUUCUCCACCUCAACCACCAUCUCCAGUCCCAGAAGGUUCUGAGGAAGGGUCGUCACCUAGAGGUUCUGUUUCAGAAAAUGGAAAUGCCAAUGGUUCUGACUCCACACAAGUAGCCAGAGGAUUUACUGAACGACCUGAGGCUCAUGACAAAUCUGCAGAGGCUAGAGCUAUUAUCUCAAGGCUAACUGAAGAAAAGAAUAAUGCAAUUCAACAAAAUAACAAACUCCGCCAGGAACUGGAGCUACUGAAGCGUGAUGGCAACAAAAGUCGUGGUGGAGUCUCAUUUGUCUUUGUCGUAUUAAUUGGCUUACUUGGCAUAAUUAUGGGGUAUCUCAUGAAGAAGACCUAAGCAUUCCUGCGAUUUGAUCUUUCACCAUAGUUUUUUAUCUUAGUUUCCUUGUUCCCGACUAUUCAAGCAACUAUGACGAUUAAAAUAGAUCAAUUCAGCAGCUGUCAGUUUUUCUUUCUUUCUUUCUUCCUUUUUUUAUCUUUUGCGUGGAUAACAUUUUGGAAGUAGAAAAAACGUUAGGGAAGUUGUGGGUCUGUGCUUACUCUUACUGUGAACUGACUCAUGCUUUGGGUAACAUGCAUUCUUUUUGUAACUUAAGAGGGGAAGUUCGUCGUUUCUUCUUUUUGUGGUUCAUCUAAUGACUAUAUGGUAAUGUUAAAUUGUCAAUGAUAACCACGAAUAAUAUAAAUCUUUAAGAACUCUCCUCUCUCUCUCU